GGGACGGGACCAUGGGCAACAAGGCGACGCGGGGGGACUUCGAGUGGGUCUACACGGAGCAGCCCCACACGCAGCGGCGGCGGGACAUCCUGGCAAAGUAUCCAGCAAUCAAGUCUCUAAUGGGACCAGAUCCCCAUUUAAAAUGGAUUGUUUCUGGAAUGGUUUUCUCACAGCUGCUAGCCUGUUACUUGGUGAAGGAUUUAUCAUGGAAAUGGAUUUUCUUUUGGGCUUAUGCCUUUGGGGGUUGCGUCAACCACUCAUUGACCCUUGCAAUCCAUGAUAUUUCACACAAUGUUGCCUUUGGAAACAAGCAGGCUAAAUGGAAUAGAUGGUUUGCUGUCUUUGCCAACCUGCCAAUUGGAGUUCCUUAUUCUGCCUCGUUCAAGAAAUACCACAUUGACCAUCAUCGAUACCUUGGUGGAGAUGCAUUGGACGUGGAUAUUCCGACAGACUUUGAAGGCUGGUUCUUUUGUACUCCGUUUCGGAAACUAAUUUGGCUUGCCCUCCAACCAUUGUUUUAUAGCCUGAGACCACUCUAUGUGAACCCCAAAGCAAUCACUCACAUGGAAAUAUGUAAUGCUCUGGUACAGUUUACUCUAGAUUUCAUAAUAUAUUUCCUUUGGGGAUUGAAGCCUGUUAUUUAUUUAAUAGCGGGCUCAUUACUGGGUAUGGGCAUACAUCCAAUUUCUGGGCACUUCAUUGCAGAACACUACAUGUUCUUAAAAGGGUAUGAAACAUAUUCAUAUUAUGGACCUUUGAAUUGGAUCACCUUUAAUGUUGGCUACCACAUGGAGCAUCACGAUUUCCCCAGCAUUCCUGGAUGCAAGCUGCCAAUGGUGAAGAAGAUCGCAGCAGAAUACUAUGACAACCUUCCUCAGCACCAGUCUUGGGUUCGAGUUCUCUGGGAUUUCAUUUUUGAUGACACAAUUGGCCCUUACUCAAGAGUUAAGAGAAUAUGUAAACUAGCAAGAGAAAACCUAUAGAUUUGUGUCAUUUCCUUUUAUUAAUAUAAAUAAUUUGAUCCUAAUUUCCCAAACUGAGUUUUCAGAGACUGCUGAAAAGAGCUGAAGUAACAUUCUUAUGCCUUCAGGUUUUAUAUAGGCAAAGAAAUGUUGUUAUGAAGCAACCAAAGGCAUUAAUAUUAAUUUUAGUGUAAUGUAACUUUUACUAAAGGAUUUUUUUUGUGCUUAUCCUGACAACACGUUACAUAUGCAUGUAUUCCUGAAUGCAGGGGUGACUGCUGCCUCCUGAGUCUGGGGUAGGGGGGAUGGGGACAAUUUGUGGGCGGGCCAAAAGCCCCAUAUCCACUCCUAUACUUCUGUGCUGCAGCUUAGUGCUCCCCCCUCUCCCCCAACACGCCUCUGGCCCACGCGGCAAAAAGUUGCCCCAUCCUGCACGGUACCAAGUUGG